UUCUAUUGUGACUGUGAGCAGCCGGAUAGACAAACUAAGAGCAGCCCGCCCCUCUUUACGGUGAGACCUCUCUUACUGGAGCACAGUUCACUUCCAGGCGUUGAAGUGGUGCAGACAUACUGUUCACACAAAGAUGAAGCUCGCCUCGAUAACAGCUUUGCUCUGCACCUUCAGUUUGAUCUCUGUCUGUGUUUCUGAGUUCCACACUGUGGAGGUCCAGCCUGCUGAACAAGUCACACUGAUGUGCUCCAACUUCAGCAGCUUUACCAGGCACAUAUCCUGGUUCAGACUGGACAGCAGACCCAACAUCAGCCGGAUCUCCUCUAUGCUGACCUCUGAUUCAAAUGCUUCAUUCUACGAUGGAUUUCAAAAUGGAAAAUUUAACAUGACAUCCAACACCACUACCCUCUUCCUCAACAUCACCCAUGUGGAUUUAGCUGACUCUGGACUGUAUUUCUGUGGAUGUUACUCAGAUGGAAAGCCAGUAAUUGUUAGUGCAACAUAUCUAAAAGUUCAAGAAGUGUUUGAUGGAAUAACGAGCCUGACCACUGUGAUCCUCCUUGGUCUGAUUCUUUUCCUCGUUCCAGUCGUCAUUGGUCUGAUUGUCAAAAUCAGCAAACUUCACACAGCUCAGAAAGAGGGACAGACUCCACAACGCAGCGAGAACCUGGACUCUGAUGCCCUAAACUAUGCAGCGCUCAGUUUCCAUCCAGAAGCAAGAAGCAGCAGAAGGCCUGAAUCAGAGAACCAGCUGGAGACAGAUGUUGUGUAUGCUGCCACCAGAUAGACUCAGGAUACAUCUGGAACUGCAGCUCAGAGUGAAACUGAUUCUUUAUCAAGUUAAUCUGCUGUCGAGGUUUUG